AUGGCACAAGCGACGCAAGAUUUAAUCGACUAUACGAAAACGUCGUGGAUUUAUGAACUAAAAAAACCGGAACUGAGAAAAAUAAUCCAAGAUUUAAAAUUGGUGGCGGAUGAAAAUUUAAGUAUCGACGAGUUACGCAGAAUUGUACGCGCGCACGUAAGCGAGAUCAACGAAAGCAGAUCAAAGCAAACGGACGAGGCUUGUAAUUUAUUAGUAAACAACAAGAAACCGAAAAUCAUCCACACAAUGACGGAGAGUAGUAGGGCGAAAUUGGAAUUUCACCUCGGAGAUGACUGGGAAACAUACACCGAGAGACUGGAGCUAUAUUUUGUCGCAAACGAUGUGAAGGACGAGAAACAAGCAGCGGUAUUGCUAACAAAAAUAAGUGCAGACACGUAUAAGCUUAUUAGAGAUUUGUGUACACCAGUUAAGCCGUCAGCGAAGACAUUUGCACAAUUAGUGAAAUUAGUCAACGAUCACUUGAAUCCAAAGCCAUCGGAAACGAUGGAAAGAUGCAAAUUUCAUCAAGCACAACAAUCGCAUACAGAAUCAGUAGCAGAAUUUGCAGCAAGGUUGAAAAAUUUAUCAAUUACAUGCAAUUUCGGGAACAACGCGACAACAGCGCUACGAGACCAACUUGUUUGUGGCUUAAGAGAUCACGCGACGAAAACAUUGUUAUUUCGAGAGGAGAACUUAACGUUCGAUAAGGCAUUCAAGUUAGCGACAACAGUAGAAUCGGCAGAAAAAAAUGCUAGCUCUACAAGUAGACCAAACGGAGAGUCGUCGAAAGAAACAGUAAAUAAAUUUCAAGGAAAUUCAGAAAAUAAUCGUCAGUUCCAGUCACGGGGCAAGGGGUCAAACCGAGGUAAGCAAGGGAGCCCACAGCAUAACAAUAAUACACGACCAGGGGUCAAAGAUAAGCGGACGACAAACAUAAACCAAGAACGUUCUUCUUCAUGUUACUGCUGCGGAAAAAAUAAUCACUGGGCACGUGAUUGUUACCAUCGCUUCAACACGUGUAAUAUCUGCAAGCAGAAAGGACACUUGGCUUCAGUAUGCAAAACCGGAAGAGCAGUCCAGCAUAUACAGCAGGGUACAGAUGACCACGAGGAACAGCAACGGGACGAGUACGACUUCUUCAUGGCAACAGACGGCAACGACUCAUCAAAAACAACAAGCGGUAAAUUAUACUAUAAGGACCAUGUAAAUGAUGUAGAAGCGGCACCAAUGUAUAUGAGUAUGAUGAUUAACGGAAAAAGGAUAGAAAUGGAAAUUGAUACAGGGUCAUAUGCGGCGAUAAUUUCAAAAAAAGAUAGAGAAUUGUAUUUCCCGAACUGUGAAGUCAAAGCAAGCAAAGUACCGUUGAAAGCAUAUGGCAAAGUGUUGUUAGAACAUGAAGGUAUACUUGAUAACUUAGAUGUUAGGUUAGGUAAACAAAGAGCAACACUUCAAAUGCGAGUAAUGACGAGAGACGGUCCUAUAUUAAUUGGUAGACACUGGUUGAAAGUCUUUGGGUUGUGGCCUUUCGAAUUAAAGAAAAGAGUUGAAUUUUGCAACAAAAUUAACUUAAUGAGCGUAACAAAAGAUUUCACAUCUAAAUAUCCAAAAUUAUUCGGUAAAGGACCAGGUUUAUACAAUAAAGGAAUGCUGAAACUAAUGGUAAAAGAAGGUACGAAACCUGUGGCACUAAAAGCGAGACAUUUACCAUUCGCGUUGGCAAGUAAAGUUGAAGAUGAGAUAAACAGACUAGUAAGAUUAGGUCAUUUAGAGAAAAUCGAUGUCAGUGAAUGGGCAACACCGAUUGUCCCGGUAAUAAAAUCAGACGGAUCUGUUAGAAUUUGUGGAAAUUUUAAACUAACGUUAAAUCCCAGCUUGAUUAGAGACAGGCACCCAAUACCAUUAAUCGACGAGAUUUUUGUAGCGUUAAGAAACGGUAAAACUUUUUCACAGAUUGAUCUGCAGCACGCUUAUAUGCAGAUCCCGGUAGAGGAAAGCAGUCGAGAUUUCCUGACAAUAAUAACGCACAAAGGUCUCUACCGGUACACAAAAAUGACGGAAGGAAUUGCAUCAGGUCCAGGAGAUUUUCAGCGGAAAAUAGAGCAGUGUCUAUCAGGCAUCGAUGGUGUAAUUCCUUAUCUAGACAAUAUUUUUGUAACGGGAGAAACCGACGAAAUUCAUUUAAAAACAUUGUAUAUGGUAUUCCAAAGAUUAGAACAAAGUGGAUUUCAUGUAAAUAUCAAUAAAUGUGAUUUUUUCAAAGAGAAGCUAGACUUGUUAGGAUUUGUUAUUAACAAGGAGGGAUUACACAAAUCAGAAACAAAAGUGAAAGCAAUGACAAAUGCACCGGUACCGCGAAAUAAGAAACAAUUAGAAUCUUUUAUCGGAUUGAUUACUUAUUAUGCGAGAUUUCUACCUAAUAGAGCAGAAAAGUUACAACCUUUAUAUAAAUGUGCUAAAGCGGAAACGUUUAAAUGGACGGUAGAAUGUCAAAAAGCAGUUGAUUGGGUCAAAAUGGAAUUAAUAUCACCUCGAGUAUUGGCACACUACGAUCCGAAAGAAGAUUUAGUAUUGUCAUGUGAUGCGUCCACGUAUGGAUUAGGAGCAAUUUUAGCGCACCGAUAUAAAGAUGGUACGGAGAAACCAAUAGCUUAUGCAUCUAAAGUAAUACCGGAAAAAGAAUUAAAUCGCGCAAUCAUUGAUAAGGAAGCCAGUGCAAUCGUAUUUGGAUUUAAAAAGUUCUACAACUAUAUUUACGGAACAACUACACUAACGUUACGGACAGAUCACAAACCUUUGGUUUUUAUCUUUGGUCCAAAGCAAGAAAUUCCUUUGACGGUAGCAAGUAGAUUACAAAGAUGGGCGUAUUUUCUAUCGAGAUUUACAUACACCAUAGAGUACGUUACAUCGCAGGAAAAUAGAAACUGUGAUGCACUGUCGAGACUUCCGAUUAACGAUAGCAUUCAGAUAUUUGAUAAUGAAUUUACAAUGAUAAAUUAUGUUUCAGAAGCUUUAGAUACAUUAAACGCGGAAAAAAUUGCAAAAGAAACAAAGAAGGAUAAGCUAUUGAGUAACGUUAUUAAGUAUAUAAGCGGUACAUGGCCAGCGGUAAGCGAGAUGAAUGAGGAUGAGAAUAAAUUCUAUGCGAAACGGGAUGAAUUGAAUGUCGAAAAAGAGUGCUUACUGUGGGGAUAUCGCAUAGUGGUACCAGAAGCAGUAAAACCCAGUGUUCUAAGUGAAUUGCACGCGUCACAUUUUGGGGUGGUAAAAAUGAAAAUGUUGGCAAGAAACUAUGUGUGGUGGCCAAACAUUGAUAAAGACAUUGAGAAUGUAGCAACGGCAUGUAAAGUGUGCGUGCAAGAGAGAAAGAAACCGCCUAAUGUUCCGCUAACGCCAUGGCCGUAUCCCGAUAAGUGCUGGAGUAGGAUACAUACUGAUUUCCUAGGUCCUGUUCAUGGACAUAUGUUCAUGGUAGUAAUGGAUGCGUAUUCAAAAUGGCCAGAAGUUAUCGAUAUGAACAAAUGCACCACGGCAGAGAGGGUCAUUGAGGAGUUUAAGAAAAUUAUAGUUAGGUACGGAUUACCGAAGCAUGUAGUAACUGAUAACGGCACACAAUUCACGAGUAACGAAUUUCGAGAAUUUUGUAAAGCGAACGGUAUCAAGCAGAGUUUCACAGCACCGCAUCAUCCAGCAACAAAUGGUGCAGCUGAAAACUUUGUCGGUACUUUCAAAGAUAAAGUCAAUAAAAUAAUGCAAGGCGGGAAAUCAUUAGAAUAUGCAGUUAAUCUAUUUUUGUUUGACUAUAGAUCCAUUGAGCAUUGCACUACAGGCAGAUCACCGGCGUUCAUGAUGUUUAAACGAGAAAUAAGAACGCGCUUUGAGUUAAUGAAACCGAGUGUAAUCGAUGAUGUAGAGAAACAACAGAGAGCGCAAAUCAUAAGUAGACGCGGUAAUCGAAAUGUUGAGUUCCAAACAGGUGACAUGGUAAUGGUUGAGGAUUUUGGUGUCAGAAGUAAAAAACGGGUCGUAGGCACGAUCGAAGAAAAAGUAUCACCGGUAACGUUUAGGGUGAAGGUUGCACCUGAUAAGCUAUGGAAACGACAUGUCGAUCAAAUCAUUAGAUACACACCGACGGUGGUCGAUAACGAUAAAGGUACAGCGGUACCAGCAAGCGAAUCUCGAGUGAAGCUACGCCGCUCGGAAAGAACAAGUAAAGGGGGCGAGUUGUAA